AUGAAGAAACAAAGUUAUGUUGGGGGAGGGUGUGGGCCGCUAGAAAUCCUGGGGCGUCCACACCAAACCCGAGACUUGCGGUCACCUUGCCUGAAUCUCGGCUCUGUGUGCGCCUGGGGCCGGCAGCUUGGUAGUGUCCGCCGUGGCACUGGGAGGGGACCGAAGGAGAAAAGAGGGAGCUUCGACACCCCCUUCUCGUCCAGCCCCCUGACCUGCGUCCAGCGGAGCGUCACUCGUGAACUCCUCGCCUGUCCCUCGGGCCCGGGUGUGACUUGUGCUCUCGGAAAGCGGGAAGAGCCCCAGGCUCGGGGCGUUCUUGGGCAGCCUCCCUGA